AUGAAAAGGAGUCAAUCAGAAACAGUAUUGGGAUCACCCCAACCUGUUGACAGUAUGCUUUUGGGAGUGCCAGAUAACCUUAGUGAAUCGGAUGGUCUAGCACUGCAACAACAAGAAGAAGAAGAAGAGUCUCACAAUAUGAUGACAGAGGAGGAUGGAGAAGGAGAGGAAGCAGCUGACAACAGCAGCAUGCUCAGCUUUGAUCGCGGCGUUGAUAGCAAUAGUAACAACAAUAGUGACUAUGGUGAUAACGAUGACGAGGGGGUGUCUGUCGAAGACGACGACGAUGGCACACCAAUCAACCCCAACACCUAUCAACCCUCCCACCACACUUUGAUCAACCACACCCAAAAUAUCAACAACAAUCCUAUUUCUGCUACUACUACUACUGCUACUGCUGUUUCCGAUCAAAUUAAUAAUAAUAAUAAUAAUAAUACUGCAUACACAACCACCAAUAAUAAUAAUAAUAAUAAUAAUAAUAAUAAUAAUCAACAACUACUUUUAAAUUCUUCUUCUUCUUCUUUAGACAUUAAUCAUGAUGAUUUAAAUAAUAUUAAUAAUAAUAUUAAUAGUCUUGAUGAAUUAAAUCAACAACAACAGUUACUACUACAACAACCAACAUAUAUUAGUAGUACGGCAGCUUCACCAUCGAGUAGUAUUAAUUCUAAUAUUUCAUCGACAUCGUUGCCAUCGUCACCGGUCACCUCAUCGAUGACUCCAUCACCGUCUCCUCAACCAUCACCACUUCUCUUUACAAGUAAUAUACUCAUCAAUCCAUCAAUGGCUACCAAUAUUCCACAGGGAUCAUCGUCGACGAUGAUGAUGGAAGAGUACAAGAAAAACUCUGUAUUUUUAGUACCCGAGCCACCCGGCAUUGCCACUUCGCAACCUCAACAAAUAUCACCGUCAAAGUCUAAAAAGAAUAGAUCCUCCUUUUUACCAUCGAGUAGUCGUGGACUAAAGUCUUCGCUGUCUUCAUCGUUUUUGUUUAAAAAUGUGGAUCCUGAUGCUUUGGGUACUUCAAAGUCUCAAAAAAAGUAUGGGUCUUAUGACGAUCGUGCUCAUCUUGUCCCACCACCACCUUCAUCACACAGCUCGGCUGCAUCCAGUGCAUCUGCACCAUCGACACCAGGUGAUGUGUCUCCAACCGCUACCACUCCGGGUGCCGUCACACCAACCAAAAAGGAAAAGAAGGGUGUUAAAGGGUUCUUUAAGAAAUCGACUAGUAAUAGUAACUUGUGUGCCGAGAUUGAUGGACAUCCAUCGGCCUCAUCAUCUGCCUCCUCGCCAUCUGGCAUGCCAGUAUUGAGUGGUAGUCACACCAUCUCAACUGCAUCGGCCAAAAUGUAUACCAAUGCCAACGGUGGAGGUAGUGGUGGAGACUUGUCAGGCUACAAAAAGCGGUCGCUUGGCAACUUGUUUAAUCGUAACAAAAAGGAGAGUUCAUCGGGCAGUCUUAGAGACUCUUCCAAUUCCGUCAUUAUACCAGCCACCCCAUCAACAACUGCAGACGCUCCAACACCACUCAACAAGAUCAAGUUGUCGGUUUCUGAACACGACCUCCUCAGUAAACUAGAAGGUGAAGAUGUUGGUGGUACAAGUGAAAAGUCUGCAACUGCAUCAACAGCCACCGAGUUAAACAACAACAACAACAGUAGUGGUUUAUUGGAUCAAAAACCAUCACAACAACAAAUUCCAACUUCAAUAUCAAAAGCACUGCCAAGAUCUAGUAUGAUUGAUUUGGAUGGUAAAAUAAGUGAAACAUUGGCAACAUUGACUGUUGGAGGUGAUAUUACCGUCAUCUCGGCAUCAGCACCUGUUGUACCGGUUGAACCUUCCCAACCACUAUCUGAAAAGGAUCAAGCUAAAUUAUCAUUGGAACGUCAGUUGAUGCGUAGAAAGACAGUUGACGAAUUAAAGUUUGAUAAUAUCAUUGAUCAAGAAGACUUUGUAGAUGUAGACAAGGAACAAAAAAUGCGAGAGAUUAGAAAACAUAAAUUAUUUGUUGGUACUAGACCUGCCAAAAAGACAUUAUUUUAUAAUUUUAAUGAAAAGGAAAAGGAAAAGGAAACAACAAUAUCACAACAACCAUCACAACAAUCAGUCGAUGGAAUGGAUCAUGCCUCUUUGGCUCAAACACCAACACUCAAUUCAAUACUUCGAAAGCAACAAAAUGAUGCAAUCGAUAGGUGUUUUGUACUUAUAACUCAAUGUCCCGGUUGGAAACGAGACGUUGAUCAUGUAAAUAAUAAUAAUAAUCAAAAUAGUCAAAAUAUCAAUACUAAUAAUAAUAAUAAUGCAAUGUAUAAAAGUGGAACUUCAUAUUUAUUGGAAGAAUACGAAAAUGAAAUUAAACAUUAUUCCGAAUCAUUUGUUGGUGAAAAACAUAAAAAUUUUGUAUCAAUAGACCAUGCACAACAACCAAAUGGUAUCGGACCUGUAAUAAUUAGUAUUAAAAAGGAGGCAGAGAAAAUGGCAAAACGAAAAAAGGGUAAAAAGGAUCAACUUUUGGGAGACCAACAACAACCACAACAAAGAUCAUCGGUGACAUUGACAUCAUCACCAUUACAACAACAACAACAAGGAAACACACAAAUGAUGUCAAUGGAGAGAAAGUAUAGAGUUAUCAUUAGAUCACAAGAUGGAGAGGAUCGAUUCUAUCUAUCUUCUGGAAAGGCUACUCCUGUCGAAUUGAUGAAUACUUUAAAGUCGUUUAUUGUCCCACUCUCCAACCUCACCUUUAAACAAAUCAAAACUACAAAUGAAGUCAAAAAGAUGUUAAUGUAUUGGGAGAAUGCCCAAAUGACCAAGGAAUACAAAUUUGGUUUACUCUAUCGAAAGGCUGGUCAAUUCACAGAGAAUGAAAUGUUCUCCAAUACUACCGGUUCUGCAGAGUACCAAGAAUUCCUUGAUUUCAUUGGUAAAAAGAUCGAAUUAAAAGGUUGGAAUCAAUUUAAAGGUGGUUUAGAUGUUAAAAAUGAUACAACAGGAAGUCAUUCAGUUUAUGCAACAAAACAAUUUGCAAUUGAUGAAAAUACUUUCAAGGCAUCUAUCAUGUUUCACGUGUCUACAUUGUUACCAUAUUAUGCUCACGAUUCGCAACAGUUGGAGAGAAAGAGACAUAUUGGAAAUGAUAUUGUUGUUUUGAUAUUCCAAGAUCAUGGAUGUCCUCCAUUUGUACCUUCGACCGUCAUUACCGAAUUUACUCAUGUGUUUGUUGUCGUUCAACCCGUUCCAAAGGAGGGUGGAGAGAAAACAACAAGAUACGCCGUUUCAGUAACAUCCAAAGAUGGGUGUGCCCAAUUUGGUCCAGCAUUUUCAUCGACCAAGAUCUGGAGAAAGGAUAGCAACCUCUGGGAUUAUCUUAUCAUAAAGAUGAUCAAUGCAGAAAAGGCUGCAUUCUAUGCACCAAGCUUUGCAGAUAAAAUGAGAAGAACUAGAUUAGUAUUACUUAAAUCAGCUUUGGAUAAAAUGGAUACUUAUUAA